GCUGGCGGGAGCUAGGCUCAAGGCUUAAGGCUUCUGGAGGCCCAGUAACUGAUGAGGACCGGGCUCAGCGAGGGGCGGGGCUCAAGGGCUGUGGCAGCGACAGAACUAACGUCCGCGAGGGGACGGGCGCGCGGCCACGGUGGCCCAUAAGGUCCGGGUGUCCCGAUGCCACACCGGGGGCCGCUCCUCGCGGCGGCGAGUGACCUUGCCCGUGACUGAGUGUCCUGUCGACGAGACGACGGCAGAGCGGCUCGCGGCCCGGGGCCGGGUUCUUGGGGGGCGAGGCCACGCCGGGUCCUGAAGGCUUCUGAGCGUUGGGGGCCCCGCCUUGGAGGGUUCUGGACAGCGAGGCCAGCUCUGCCUGCCCCCCAUCCCCUGGGUCCACCAGGAAACAGGACAAGCUGCCACAGAGCAGACCUACUGUGACCGCCUGGUCCAGGACAUGCCUUUCCUCACAGGCCUUGGGCGCCUGAGUGAGCAGCAGGUGGACAGGAUUAUCCUCCAGCUGAACCGCUACUACCCCCAGAUCCUCAGCAACAAGGAUGCGGAAAAGGUGCCAAGGAGCCUGAGGCUGCUUUCCCAUCCCUUCCUCUCUGGGCUGGGAGAAGCGGGGGGCAGGACAGCUUGGAGUUCCGGAACCCCAAGGUAUCUCUGCGAGUGCGUCUCUGCGACCUCUUGGGCCACCUGCAGCGGAGCGGUGAGCGGGACUGCCAGGAGUUCUACCGGGCCCUGUACAUCCAUGCCCAGCCCCUGCACAGCUGCCUGCCCAGCCGGCACGCCCUGCGUAAAGAACUCAGAUUGCACAGAGCUAGACUCGGGCACCGCAGGCCGUGAGCUCAGUGACAGGGGACCCGUGGCCUUCCUGACCUGUCUCGGCCUGGCCGCAGGGCUGGCACUCCUCAUCUACUGCUGCCCCCCAGACCCCAAGGUGCUGCCAGGGGCCCGGCGUGUCCUGGGCUUCUCCCCUGUCAUCGUCGACAGGCACGUCAGCCGCUUCCUGCUGGCCUUCCUCACAGAUGACCUGGUGGGGCUCUGACCGAUCCCAGCCCUGCCCGCCUGGCUGCUUGCUGCCCUGGGGCUGGCUUGCUUUUCUAAGUGUUUAUUUCUCACUGUUUAUAACUUAUGUAACAAGCACUUUACUUUCACUGUACAAAGGUGCUCAACAAUAUUAAAUGUUUGAGUUUUAUC